GAUUCCUUAGCAUUGUCCUAAGACAGCACCUGUAGUCUCCCCCAGUCUGUGCUUAGUGCAUGAUUAUUGGGUGGGGGGGGUUAGAAACCCCCCCCCAUAUCCUCCUGUAAUUUAUGCCCAUAAAUAAGCCUGUUAAUUUAGCACGCGCAGUAUUUUGGUGCGUUUUCCCGCCGGCAUCCGAAAUUUCCUGAGCUAUUUCACAUACUUGAAUUCUUGCUUCGUUAGGGGACGCUGUGCUGUUUUUAUAUUUUAUGUAUCGUACAGAAUAAUAGAGCGCAGGCUAAAGUGCAGUUGGGUCCCCAGCGAGUCUCUCAGCGCGGCGUCUCACAGCGCAGGGGGCAGCCGGAGCGCCGCAGACUCGGGCGGCUACAUGAGUAUAUUGGGAAUAAAAUACUCCUGCCAGCUGACGCUGGACCCCAACACAGCAUAUAGAUCCCUGUCUCUGUCAGAGGGGAACAGGAAGGCAGCACAGGGGAAUUGCCAUCCAUAUCCUGAUCAUCCAGAGAGAUUUGAAUACUGGCCCCAAGUUCUGUGCAGAGAGAAUCUAACUGGUCGCUGUUACUGGGAGGCUGAGUGGAGUGGAGAUGGAGCCCUGAUAGGAGUGACUUAUAAAGGAAUCAGGAGGAAAGGACGGAGUGCUGACUGUGGGCUUGGAGCCAAUGACAAGUCAUGGAGUCUGUUCUGCUAUCCUCACAGAUACUCUGUCUAUCACAAUAAUAAACAGACUGACAUACCCAUAGAGCCCUCAGGCUCCUGCAGAGUAGGAGUGUAUCUGGACUGGGCGGCUGGUACUCUGUCCUUCUACAGAGUCUCCUCUGAUGGACUGACCCUCCUGUACAGCUUCACCUCCUCAUUCACUGCACCCCUCUAUCCAGGGUUUUGG